GAUCGUUGCUGUUUGGUUGUGAUGCAUUUCAUACUACCCUACACCGCGGCUCCCACAGCAACACCAUAACUACACGCAGUGACGGCUCUGUGGAUCAUCCAGAGUCCAGCUCCUACCAGCAGCCGCUUAGUGACGAGGCCAGGACCAAGAAACGAGAGGAGCUUUUUGACAGUAUCAUCGACGACAAGCUCGGUACCAUCCCUGUUCGUCUCAUCGACACAACAUCGGGCAAGCUAUGCAGCACGGGAGAGCUCUACGCUCAUUUCAAGGAGUCUCGCAGCUAUAAGGAAGUUGAAACGAAGAUUCUCAGAGCCAAUGAGAAGGUGAUGCAGGCGACUGUUGAUGCCUUCUUCGAAUAUGCUAUGUUCUCCCAUCGUUGGAGUACUACCGUCGAGGACGAGCCUACGUAUGACCACAUCAAGGGCGAAGAGAGCAUCUACGGCCUGAAAACACCACCGGGAACCGAAAAGUUGCAGCAGUUUUGCAAGGUUACUAGGAAGAACCAGUUCCGAUGGGCUUGGAGCGAUACAUGUUGUAUCGACAAGACCAACAACGUCGAGCUCCAGGAGUCUAUUAUCUCCAUGUUCUCAUGGUAUCGGUUGUCAUCUGCUACCAUUGUCUACCUCUCAGAUGUCAUCGACGAAAAGAGCUUCAGAAAUAGUGUAUGGUUCACUCGCGGAUGGACGCUACAAGAGCUUAUUGCACCUGGGCUCGUCUGGUUCUAUAAGAAGGACUGGACGCCAUAUAUUGACAGCAAGCAAAACCACAAAGAGGACCCCCGAGUCGUCAAGAUCAUAUCUGAGGUCACAUCUAUUGACCGGACCAUCCUCAACCAGUUUGUACCGGGGUUGCGAGAUGUUGGCUCCGACGAGGUCAAGAGGAUGAGCUGGCUCGCCUCUAGGAAGACAACAAAGAUCGAGGAUAUGGCGUACUGCAUGAUGGGUAGGCUAUCACCUUUUGGAUAAAGCGAUUGCCUGAAGACUUCCGAUUUACAGGCAUUUUUGGCGUUCAUAUGCCGGUCAUGUACGGGGAGAGAAAGAAUGCUUUUGUUCGCCUUCAAAAGGAGGUGAUGAACCUUACGGAUGACCUGUCGCUAUUUGACUGGGUCGGAGAACCCUCGGAGCUUCAUUCAUACUUUGCAUCGCACCCCAGCUGUUUUGCAAACCCUCCAGCUGGAUCCGGGAGGAGCUUGUCGAAAUUCUCUCACCCUCGGUUUUUUCAGGCCUCCAAGGCCUUUGCCAGCGCCGUUGGUUCUACCGUCGUGAUGAAUAUCAAGAAACUUCUUCUUGACCCUCCUUAUGGCCA